UGAUGCAUUGCGCACUACUUGAAUUUGCACGUCUGACAUAUCGAGGAUAGCAUUGCACUAAUCCCAGCUCGCUUUUUGUCUGACACUUGUUCGUACUGUUCGAAAUGGCAGAUCAGCUGACCGAAGAACAAAUAGCAGAGUUCAAGGAGGCGUUCUCCUUGUUCGACAAGGAUGGCGACGGCACCAUCACCACCAAGGAGCUGGGAACAGUCAUGAGGUCACUGGGUCAGAACCCCACUGAGGCUGAGCUGCAGGACAUGAUCAACGAGGUGGACGCUGAUGGAAAUGGUACAAUAGACUUCCCCGAGUUUCUGACGAUGAUGGCACGCAAGAUGAAAGACACAGACAGUGAGGAGGAGAUCAGAGAGGCCUUCAGAGUUUUCGACAAGGACGGCAACGGAUACAUCAGCGCUGCCGAGCUGCGCCACGUGAUGACCAAUCUUGGGGAGAAGCUGACGGAUGAAGAGGUCGAUGAGAUGAUCCGAGAAGCAGACAUCGAUGGAGACGGCCAAGUCAACUAUGAAGAAUUUGUGACCAUGAUGACAUCGAAGUGAUCAGGAGGCAGUGAGCCGCUGUAAUAGCUCUGCCUGUUUCAGCCUGGUUGAUUUACAUUCACCCACCGUGGACGAUAAGCAGCUGGGACAACAUCAAGACUUGCCUCUCUCUUAUUAUCUGACUGUAAAAUAUUUUUUAUCUUCGUUAUCACAGCUGACUCGAUAUCGCAAAGGAAAAUAAAGGGACCGAGGACAAAUCAUUUGAUCGGAAUUUUUACCAUUUAUCAUUCUCUUGAUAGGCUACGAGCCACUACAGGGCGAGUCAAAAAGAGCGAAACCCAAAGGUCAGGACCAUU